GUUUAACAUUCAUCGUUGCCAUCAUCAGAAUGAUUGUAGCAUUCAAAGUUGGUCGUACUGUUUGUCCGUCUUGUUUUACAUCUUCGUCUUCGUUGCCCGGCGCUGGCCAUCUGUUUCCAGGUUUCCCGCCAUACAUUAUCCUCAACUAUAGUGAAAAUUGUGUGUUUCUUCUCGUCCAUUUAUGUGUGUGUGUGUAAGUGUUUCAUGUUAAAGUUUUUCGUCGUUUUUACAAGUAUCACGGAAUUCGAUCACCAUGAUCAUCCAGUUUUUUCCGAAACCUGAAAAAAUUAUUUUCUUCUUAUUGAAAAGCAGCGACAGCAGUAAAAAAAAUAUAUCAUCAUUUGAUCAUCAUAACGAUUUUUAUAAUCAUCAUCAUCAUCGUUCAAAGUUAUAGUUUGUAGAGAAAUGGAUCGAUCAAUCGAUCGAUUUGAUCGAACAAAAUGAAUGAAUGAAUAUUCAAAUAUAUAUAUUUACUGAAUAAAACCUUUUUGAUUGCAAUAAAAUUUUGGCCAUACACUCGAUUCGAUUCAACUUGAUUCAAUUCAACUUAAUUCAACGACUACGGUUAUGUCACGAACGUGCUUCAAUAUUCGUUUUUGCUAAUGGAUUGAUGAUGAUGAUGAUCAGUCUGUCUCUGGUGUUCAUGUGUGUGUAUACAUGUAAAGAUUGGCUGCAUCGAUAGAUAUUAUCAUCGAUGCAUCGGUCAGUAAAACUAAAAAGAUAACGUCCAAUGAAGAAUGAUGAUGGUUAUUGUGAUGGUCUUCACAUGAUUUGAUAGUAGCCCAGAAUGAUUGAUCGAUUUUGUAACAUAUGUGAUCAAUUGACGACCGGAUUUUGUUUACCUUUCUUCUUCCGUUCAUCACCAUCAUAUGUAACCCGAUGUUAUAUAUCAUUUCCGUUUGAUUCAAAACUUUUCUCUCUCUCUUUCUCUCAUACACUGUGUUUGUGACAGCAUGUGGUCUUAGAUAUUUGGAUGAGUGAAAUUGAAUUAAUCAAGAUUAUUUGUGUGUGUUUUUCUAAAGUUUUUCUUUUCUUUGUUUUGUUUUUUACAACGACAAACAUCUUGUCUUUACUGUUCGAAUACUAAAGAUGCUAUGGUUCUCUCUUUUUUUUCAUUUUGAUUAUAUGUUCCAUAAUCACUAAUAAUAGAAUAAAAGAGAUACAACUGGAUCAUGAAACAAGACCUAUUGUGUGUGUGUGUGUGUUUGUAUUUAUGUGAUCAAACUGGUUUCCCGACGUAAAAACAACAACGAUGACUUUUUCAUUCAAUCUUUUUCAAAUGUCCAGAUAAUGUGGUUUUUGCAUUAGGAAUUUUUUCCUAUCCAACAUUGAUCAUCAUCCAUCAAGAAACUAAAGACUACAAUGACAUAAGUGCUUUUUAUCUGUCAUUGUACAGUUUGAUUAUCUAUGUCCUCGUAUAAUUUGUGUUUGUGUGUGUGUGAAUUUCGAAUAAAUCAUCAUCCUGUUUAUGUGUUAAUGUGAAUCCACCUUUUUGAUCAAGAAAAAAGGUGUAUGUGCAUCCAAUCAUUGAACAAUGAUACCGAUAAAUUCUUCAAUGCCCAAAUGUUCAUCGUUCAUUUGGUUGUACAUUGAAGAAUUUGUACACCUUGUUAUGGAACGUUCACAGUGCAUCAUUAAUUGUUUUCAUUAUUCAAUUGUUCCUGUUUGAAAUAUUUUUGUUAUUAUUUCCAAAACCUGUUAAUAAUCAAAAUGGCUGUAUCAAUCAAGCCAUUCGACAAUCGUAUUCGGCUACAUCGUUUUUUCAUUCCAAUAUCUUUAUUACUAACUUGUUGUUCAACAGCAUGGGCACUCAGAUUAUCAAUACCAAGUGAACAUAAUUAUGCCGGAUCUUUACUUUUCAACGUAUCAUUAGAUCAUCCUCGUCUAUAUCGGCUAUCACCAUCAGAUUUAAAUGCUCCAUAUGUACAUCGAUUUUUUGAUGUAACAACAAUAGAAGGAAUUCUUUAUAUUAAACGUCAACUACGUUGCCGUUCCGAAUUAUUGUCCGAAGUGCUACCCACACCUGUAAAUCUCUACAUAGAAUCCAAAACAUUUCUGAUCGAUGGUUCUGAUCAGAAUCAUUUAACUUUGAUACCGAUUCACAUUGAAUUCGAACAUGAAACCUGUACAGAAAUAGAUCGGCAUCAAUCUCAUCUGCGAGAAUUUACCCAAUUAUCCUAUUUUUCUGAUGAAUUAUAUGAACAUGAUUAUCAUGACUAUCUGAAUCCUGAAUCUCUGUUUUAUAAUGAACCAAAUCGCCAUUUUUAUGGUUCAUUAGCUGAACCGAAUAUUGAAACGAACGUUUUAUUGACCAUCCAAGAUGAUGGCUUGUGCGUUGAUCGAUAUCAAUUUUUAACCCGUUUGCCAAAAUUUGUAUCAUCUUAUGUAAAAUCUUCUUGUACAUCAUACUAUCAUGUGUUAGGUGCAACCACCGUCGACAACAUUCAUUAUGAUACGAAUCUGGAAUUUCGUAUCGAACAUUCUAAUCAAGAUCUUAUAUCUACUAAAAAAUAUUGCCUACCCAAUGGUCGAUCAUUCGAUGUACACAUUGGUUUGGUACAUUUAUGUGAUAAUAGCCCCCAUGUCCAUCAUCAUCAUCAUUCGACUAUUAGUCAUAAUCAUACAUGGCCUAAAUAUUCAUUCCAAAAUCAGGCUGAAAAUGUUUCUUCAUCAGCAACACCGUCCAAAUCUUCCACCUUCAUCAAACUGAUGAGCAGCAUCGAGCGUUUGACACUGACAUUCUAUGCAAAAGAUUUUGAUACUGAAGAAUUUAUGAGCAAAUUGACCGAUCGUCAAAGACAACUUUAUCAAAGUAAUCAUCAAUCUGGUCGAUCUAGGCGAGAAACUGUUUCCUCAAUUAAUUCGGGUCCAUCAUUUGAUCGAUCAUUGUACAUAGUAAGCGUACCAGAAGAACGAGAAAAAUCGUUCGUUGUUACCCAAUUGGUUGCUACACCAGGUCGACCUGCCGAAUCAAUUGAAUCAUCAGAACUACUCUAUUCAAUGUCUGCAUUGAUUGAUGCACGAUCGCAAUCCAUGUUUGCAAUUGAUCCGGUCAGUGGUUUGGUUACGACAACAACACGUUUAGAUCGUGAAUUUAUGGAUGUCCAUUAUCUAAGAAUCACUGUGACUGAUGGUAAUGUUCCACCACGAACAGCGUCUACAACGCUUCAGAUCAAUGUUCUUGAUGAAAAUGAUCAUGUUCCGGUAUUCGAACAUGCCAACUAUGAAUCAUCGCUUCGAGAAUCAGCUCCGCUAGGCACAACAGUGUUGACCAUACGUGCUACCGACCAUGAUAGUGGUCCUAAUGCUGAAAUAGAAUAUUCCAUACUCAAUCCGACCGGUGUAAACGAAGCUUUUCGUAUCGAUCCUAAACAUGGUGUUAUCACUUCACGAACAGGUUUGGAUCGAGAAAAGAAUGAUCUCUACACAUUAACUGUACAAGCAUCAGAUUCGGGAGCAGUUCAAUCUCGAAAACGUUCUCAUACAACGGUUGGUAUUAAAAUUCUCGACGAAAAUGACAAUUAUCCUCAGUUUGCCGAACGUUCGUAUUCAGUGUCAGUAGAUGAAGACGUUAAUUAUGCAUCAAGGCCUGUCAUCAUCCGCAUAGUGGCUCAUGAUGCUGAUGAAGGAUUAAAUGCCGCCAUCAGAUAUUCAAUCAUCGGUGGCAAUACUGCAGCAUUAUUUCACAUCGAUUCGCUUAAUGGUGAAGUGGCCGUCGUUGGUCCAUUGGACUAUGAAACUGCUCGAAGCUAUCGAUUAGUGAUUCGCGCUCAAGACGGUGGUAGUCCACCACGGUCCAACACAACACAAUUAUUAAUUUCUGUCCUCGACAAAAAUGACAAUGAACCUCGAUUCUAUACGACAUUGUUUCAGGAGAAUGUAAUGGAAAAUGUACCCGUCGGUACAAGUGUUGUUCGCGUCCAAGCUUAUGAUGCUGAUGAUGGUGAUAAUGCUCAACUUAGCUAUCACAUACAACGAUCAUCUAGUGAUGAAAAUGCCGAUCGAACUGCUGCAUCAAUGCCUAUCGAUAUCGAUCUCUCCAGCGGUUGGAUAAUGACCACAAGAGAAUUAGACCGUGAAGAAGAAUCACUUUAUGAAUUUACGGUCAUCGCACGCGACAAUGGCUAUCCAAUUCAGCAUUCUGCUUCGGCAUUGGUCAUCAUACAAGUACAAGAUUUGAAUGAUAAUGCACCUGUCUUUGAACCGAGAAAUUAUGAAGCAGUCAUUUCAGAGACGGCCACGCCAGGAACUCCUAUUGUUAUCGUAACCGCUACUGAUCGUGAUGAGAAUUCACGUUUAGUUUUUCAAAUAACUGGCGGUAAUUUACGUAAUCGUUUUGCAAUCGUCUCUCAGAAUAAUCAAGGUCAUUUGACGGUAGCUAACCCGUUAGACUAUAAACAAGAGAAAAAUUAUGUGCUUACAGUAUCGGCAACCGAUCCAGGUGGUAAAGUAGAUCUGGCCACUGUUUAUAUAAAUGUAACUGAUGCCAAUACUCAUCGUCCUGUGAUUCAAAUUCUUAAAAAUAAUGGCAGUCCUUUUUCUGCAACAUUGACAACCAUCGCUGAAGAUGCACCCAUUGGUACUACCGUUUUGGUCGUCGAAGCAAUCGAUGAUGAUGUUGGUGAAAAUGCGCGAAUCACCUAUUCUCUUAAUGAAGUACCAGAAUUUCGGAUUGAUCCUAAUUCUGGAGCUAUAACAACGGUCAAAGCAUUAGAUCGUGAAACAACAGCCGGUUAUACGUUAAUUGUGACUGCACAGGAUAAUGGCAUACCACCGUUGUCCGAUAUAGCCAACAUUGAGAUUGAAGUAAUCGAUGUUAAUGAUAAUGUGCCUCUAUUUGAACAACAUCAUUAUUCAGCAACUGUGAUGGAAGAUGCACCCAUCGGUACAUCCGUCUGUCAGGUUAGAGCCUCUGAUCGUGAUCUAGGUCUUAAUGGUCAAGUUCGUUAUGAAUUCGAAAUGAUUGGCAAUGAUGUGCAACAACAUCAACAUCAACAUAUCGAUAUGGAAUUUUCGCCGCUCGGUGUAUUCAGUAUUGAUGCUACAUCGGGUGUUAUACGAACAAAUCGUACGUUGGAUCGUGAAACGAUCGCUAAAUAUGAUCUUAAAGUAGUUGCAUUUGACCGUGGUACGCCGUCAUUAUCAUCAUCAGUUAUCGUGCAUGUAACCAUCGAAGAUUGUAAUGACAAUCCACCACGUUUUGCUAGUGAUCGAUUGCGAUUUUAUGUGCCUGAAAAUUCACCCAUUGGAUCGGUUGUUGGUGAAUUGCGAGCUACCGAUGCUGAUGAAGGUGCCAAUGCUCGAAUCGAAUAUACUAUUGUAGGAGGAUCAGAUAUGAAAUGGUUCGCAUUGAAAUCCACAUCAUCGUCAUCUCAACAACAAUCAUCAAUCUCAUCAUCAUCUUCAGCAUUGGAUUCUUCCAUCAAUUCGGUGGCCACUUUAAUAACUCGAACCGAGUUAGAUUUUGAAUCAGAGAAAAAAGUCUAUAAUAUAAUUGUACGUGCAUCAUCAUUACCUUUGCGAAAUGAUGUCGAUGUUGAGAUUCAUGUGACUGAUGUCAACGACCAUGCACCAUUAUUACGUGAUUUUGCCAUCAUAUUCAACAAUUAUCGGGGUCAUUUUCCAUUGGGACAAGUUAUUGGACGUGUACCAGCCUAUGAUGCCGAUAUUGGUGAUCAUCUUCGUCAUCGAUUUAUCGCUGGAAACAAAGCUAAUCUUUUGUUGUUGAAUGAGACAAGCGGUGAAUUACGUUUAUCACCAUCGUUGAAUACGAACGUCCCGACUCGUGCAUUAUUAGAAGUGGCCGUUAGUGAUGGUGUCAACGAGGCAAUAGCUCGCUGUUAUUUAGCCGUCAAUUUGGUCACUGAAUCGAUGCUUUUUCAUAGUGUUACCGUCCGACUUAAUCGGAUAACACGUCAUCGAUUCCUUUCAAAUCUUUAUGAUCGAUUUUUGGAUGGUUUGGCUACAGUCAUUCCUUGUGCAAAAGAAAAUAUCAUUAUUUUCAAUAUACAGGAUGACACCGAAUCAGAAUUGAUGCCUGUAUUGAAUGUAUCAUUCUCGGCUCGCCUUUCCGAAUCGCUUCGUGAUACAGAAUCUUAUUAUUCAUCACAAUUUCUUCAAGAACGUGUCUACAUUAGCCGCACAUUGUUGACAGAAUUGACUGGUUUAGAGGUUCUGCCAUUCGAUGAUAAUCUUUGUGUUCGUGAACCGUGUCUAAAUUUCGAAGAAUGUUUAUCCGUCCUUAAAUUUGGCAAUGCAUCCGAUUUCAUUGGCACUGAAGCCAUUCUGUUUCGCUCUAUAUCACCAGUGAAUACAUUUGCUUGUCGUUGUCCCAUCGGAUUUCAAGGAAUGCAUCACAAAUAUGAAUGCGACAUUGAAAUCAAUCUCUGCUUCUCCAAUCCAUGUCAAAAUGGUGGUCAAUGUGUUCGAAAAGAAGGUGGUUAUUACUGUGAUUGUAGCGAUAAUUUUGCAGGCAUAAAUUGUGAAAUUAAUGUUUGGACUGAUAUUUGCCGAACGAACUUAUGUCGUGGUCGAUCCAAAUGUGUUUCACCAGCACCAUCGAUGCUUUUAGAAUCAUCAACAAAUUUAUUAGAACAAGAUACAAAAUCACCUCUUGACUCAUCCAUAACUAGUAAUUCAUCAUCAUCUGCUAAUAUUCGAGCAAUAACAACUGUCCAGCCGCAACAACAAGAAAUGGUUAUCUGUACGGAUUGUGUACAAUCCGAAUGGAGCACACCAUUCUGUGAGCUACGGUCACGUUCAUUUGUAACCGGAUCAUAUCUUAUAUUUUCGGCACUCAAACAACGUUAUCGAUUAAAUCUCAAACUUCGGUUUGCCACACGUCAGCCCAAUGGCUUAUUAUUAUACAAUGGUCGCUACAAUGAACUCCAUGAUUUCAUCGGUUUGGAGUUAAUCGAUGGACGAGUUUAUUUUUCUUUCUCGUUAGGCGGUGUCAAUCGAGCUCAAGUUUCCGUAGGGCAUCGUUUGAAUGAUGGCCAAUGGCAUCACGUGCAACUUAACUAUGUAAAUCAUACGGCUACAUUGAUAUUAGAUAACUGUGAUGAAGCUUUACUUACUGCCGUCGAUCGUUAUGAUCUAGGGCCAGAAUUUGCCUGUGCUAAUCGUACCACUUUAAUUCUUGAAUCACGAUGUUCAGAUCGAAUGCAAACCUGUUUCAGAUUCCUUGAUCUUACUGGACCGCUUCAGAUUGGUGGACUUCCCCCAUUACCAACAGAGUUUCAAGUUGAAAACACUGAUUUUAACGGUUGUAUAUCUGAUCUUCGUAUCGAUCAUAAUCUUGUUGAUUUUGAUAGCUACGUGGCAAAUAACGGAACGAUAAUUGGCUGUCCGUCAAAAAAAAGUUUUUGCAAUACCAAUUCCUGUAAUGGACGAGGUCAAUGUGAAGAUGCAUGGAAUGGAUACGUCUGUCGUUGUGAAAACGGUUACACUGGUCAAGAUUGCUUGAUAUUGACAGAUACAGUCAGACAUUUUAAAGGCAAUGGAUUCUUGUCAUUCACUCCGAAUCUUCAGCCAUUAGCUUAUCCUUGGUUGGUUAGCUUCGAUAUGCAUACUUCUGCUCGUAAUGCUAUUAUUGUUGCCAUACAAUUGGGUCAAAGCAGCAUGGUACGGUUUGAAGUCAUUGGUGGCAAAUUGUCUUACGGUGUCGAUGAUCGAACGCCGAUUGUAAUCGAAGAUAUGGAUAUCAACGACGGGAAAUGGCAUCAUGUUGAAGCACGCUGGAUGGCUAUCGGUAUCACAUUGAGUGUGGAUUAUGGUCAAUACACUAAACGAACACGGCUAGAUGGAGCAGAGAUAUUGGGUCUUUACAUAGCCAAAGUAACUGUUGGUGGUCAUGAUACACCGGAUGAAAUUACUGAAGCCUACACGUAUCGUUCACAAGCGCCAGCAUUCAUUGGUUGCAUUCAAUCAUUGGAUGUAGGCAAUUCGAAAGAGUCAUGGCUACGGCCAACUUUAGAAGAUAAUGUGUUCGUGGGGUGUCCAACUCCUUCUUCGAGCGGCAAUGAACAAUGCAAAUCGGAUCCUUGUCCAUCGAACAGCGAUUGUAUUGUUAAGGGUAUAAAUGAUCAUGAAUGUCGUUGUCAUAUUGGUUUUAUGGGGAAAAACUGUAUGCCCAUUUGUGAAUUGAAUCCAUGUUCUUAUGGGUCAACUUGUGUAACAGCUAACAACACAUAUGGCUAUCGCUGCCUUUGUGAUCGUUUUCAUUCUGGCUUCUAUUGUGAAGAUCUUCUACCGGAAACUUGUCCAGUAGAUUGGUGGGGUUCGCCUAUUUGUGGUCCUUGUAAUUGCGACGCUACCAAAGGUUAUGAUGCUAAUUGUAAUAAGACGACAGGAGAAUGUUUUUGUCAACCUAAUCGUUUUCAACCAAACGGUUCUGAUGAAUGUUUUUUAUGUGAUUGCUAUACCACUGGUUCUUACACGAAUAGAUGUGAUCGUCAGACUGGCCAGUGUCAGUGUCGAUUAGGCGUAAUCGGGCGUCGUUGCGAUAAAUGUCCAUCUCCAUUUGCCGAAGUUACAAAUCGAGGUUGUGAAGUAAUUUAUGAUGCUUGCCCCCGAGCUUUCUCCGAUGGAAUAUGGUGGGAGCGUACUCCAUUCGGAUCUAAAUCAACCAGGCGCUGUCCGCCUUUUUCUACCGGUAUGGCUCACCGUUUUUGUCGGCAAGGAGAUGGUUGGCUAAAGCCUGAUCUUUUCGAAUGCCUUUCGGACCCUUUCCUUGAUCUACAAGAACAAUGGAAGAUUAUUACUGAUUCUGAUUCUCAACAAAAUGGCAGCAUAGUCCUCAUAAACACUCAGCAUUCUAUCCGUCUGGUUAAUGAUCUACGAACAGCCAUCAACGUAACGGAUUCAUUCUACGAUGGUGAUGUGCAUCUCGUUUUCCGUUUGGUUCGUCGGCUAAUUCAGAAUGAAUUGUAUCAAACAGGCUUAAACUUGACUCAUAAACAAGAUCGUCAUUUUCUUCGUAAUCUAUGCGAAUCUACCAGUGCCAUAUUGGAUCCUCGUUACUCCACCGUUUGGGAACGUAUCGCUGACAUUGAUGUUGGCCCUGAACAGCUUUUGAAAUUGUUUAAUCAAUAUGCCGAAGUGUUGAUCAAUAACCAACGUGAUACGUUUACCGAGCCAUUUGAAAUUGCCACCAAAUGGCUAGUAUUUGGUUUGGACACGGUUGCCACCCACGAACUUUGGGAUUUAUCCAGCUCAUUUCAGCUGCAACAAAAUCGUUUUGGUUCACAUGACCAUAAACCAUUAUCGGUCCGUCAUUCCGAGCCAUCACCAUCGAAUUCGACUUCGUCCAUAUAUCUGGAUUUCAGCUUACCUCCAGAUCCGUUAAUCACAUCAAACACUGAUAGAGAAGACGAUAACCCCCUAGGUCAAUCGAAUCCAUCAGUAGUCAUACCCAAAUAUAACAACUAUCCAUUACGAAAACACAACAUUGACGAUAUAACCAAAGCUAUUAUACCGUUGAAAAUAUUAAAUGUCCAAUCAUUUGACGAAUUACGAUCGUCCUCACCAUCAUCGUCAGCAUCUACAUCGCCAACCUCAUUAUUCAAGCCACAACAGCAACAAAAUUCAUUGAUUGGCUAUACAAUAUUCACAUCAAUGGCUCAAUUCUUGCCCAGCAAUACAGAUUCAACUGUCAGGCAACGUUUUUCGAAUCCAAUCAAAGCUAAUACUCCGAUAGUCAUUUUGACAAUAAAACCAUUUAAUAGUUCAGCUCAAAAAUUCUUGACUAAAUCUUUACAUCCAAAGAUCCGAUUCCGUUUCCGAAUGUUAGCCCGAGAAGGUCGAUCAAGUCCUCAAUGUGUAUAUUGGGCAUUUCCCACAUCUACAUCGGUUGCCACAUCCGGUGUAUCGAAUCGUCGUUCAUCGAGUCGUGGACGUUGGUCUUCAAAAGGAUGUGAGCUGAAAGGUUUUUAUCCUCCUCAACGAUUUCGUACAUCUUACGAUUACAUCAAUUGUUCAUGUGAUCGAGCGUUCGGUGUGGCUGUUCUAAUGGAUGUAUCCGGUGAUGAGUUCUACUACGAGGAAUCCAUGGCGCAAAUAGCUACAUCGUAUACGUUGACUAUAACUUCGUUAGUUUUGCUGGCAUUAACAUUAAUCAUUCUGUCUUUGGUUCGAGGACUUGAUACGAAUUCAAAUUCAAUACAUAAGAAUAUUGUUUUUUGCUUGUUCAUGACCGAAUCGAUGUUCUUGUUGGCCGUUCGUAAUCGUACCUCAUUGGUCCAGAUGGAAUCCUCAUGCAAAUUAGUUGCCAUAUUUUUACAUUACUCAUUUCAAUGUCUCUUCACAUGGAUGCUCAUCGAAAGCAUACAUCUUUACCGUAUGUUGACCGAAAUUCGUGAUAUCAAUCGUGGCCCUAUGCGUUUCUAUUACUUUGUUGGCUAUGGUGUUGCAGCUAUUAUUGUCGCCUUAUCAGUGGGUGUUCGUGCCGACCAAUAUGGCAAUCAUCUUUUCUGCUUCAUAUCGAUCUAUGAGGGUGUUAUAUGGGGCCUAGUAACUCCAUUAUGUCUAAUCAUAAUUGUGAAUUUGUUCGUAUUCAUGUUGGCCAUACAAGCAUCCGCUCAAUUCAAGGCAAGCGUCUGUGAUUAUGGAAAUUUACGUACACUUUUGUGGCUAUCGAUUGUAUUGGUACCAUUAUUGGUUGCUCUUUGGAUACUUGCCCUGUUAUCCAUCAAUGAUACCAUCGAUGAACUUCAUCAUGGCUAUUCCUUGAUGACAUUGAUAUGUGCAUUGUACAUAUUCAUUGCAUAUUGUCUAGCUAAUCGACGUGUCCGGUUCAGUUUGAAUUCUGAUUGGUGGCAAUCGCUUGCGACCAGUCGAGCGCGACCUUGUAUAAACGGUUCAGACGAAAGUUUCUCAGCUACUAGAACUUCGGUAACCAGUCGUAAUGGACAAGGUGGUUAUUAUCAUUCGGGUUCUACAUUCGAUGUAUACGGCCUCAAUCAACCUAGCCAUGGCCAAUCUAUCGAUCAACCUAUAGAUUCAUCGCAAAUGGCCGCUGUUAUCUCGAGUUCAUCGACUACCAGCAGAUCUACAUUGACUAAAGGUUCAACAGGAAUAGUCGAACCCACCGAUGAUGGUUCGAAUGAUCUCGGAGAUGGAACAGACGAUGGUUAUCGUUAUCAUCGACAUCAUCAUGGACAUGGCCAUCAUCACCAUCACCGAAACCAUCAUCAUCACAAAUGUCGCCGUCGCCAUCAUCAUGGUCGAUCGAAACAUUCACGGUCACGAUCGGAAACCGUCGAAGGAUCAAGUGAUGACCUUUCUUAUGAUUAUUCCAUGGAAUUGGCAUCUAGUCAUACCUCUGAUGAUGAUGAUAAUGAUAACCAGAAUGGUGAUCAUGUCAUGCAAUCGCACAACGCAGAUCAAACGACCACCGAUCUGAUGCAACAUCAUCAACAGAAUCAGAUCAAUCAAUUAAUACAAGAACAACAACAACAUACUCCGACUGGUGGUGGUGGUGGUAUCUAUAACACCAAUGCGAUGAAUAUAAUAUCUGAACCAUCAAGUGACCUAUCAUCCAGUGCGCCCACUGUAAUCUAUGGUCAACACGCGGCAAAUAACCGGUCAUCACCUGCCGCAUAUGUCGGUGUAGCAAAAGCAACUCCAGUCAUAUUGAAACAAACGGAUGAUGGACAACAAGCUCAUUUGAUUACAACUUCACUGAUCGCUGCUGGCCGAUCCAAUCUAAUGGCCAUGACUGCCGGUCUGAAUAGCGGUGGUGAUCAACCGGUUUCACCUAUCUAUGGACAUCAUUCGAUCUCAGUACAACCCACAGAGCAUAUUUAUUCAUAUGCGAGAAAAUCCAAUCAACCGGAACAACCAUCACAUUAUUCAACGUUAGGACCAGCGACUGCUUCUGUAAAUCCAGUUAUCAAACCAAUGGACGAUGUUGGUUUACCACCAGUAUCUGGUACAACAUAUCGUCCACAUUAUCAAUCGAUCAAAGAGAAUCCAUUAAAAUCAGCUACGUGGUCUCACGUUAGACUAUUGCAGCCAUCAUCACCAGUCUCAAAAACGACUGAAGAAACUGCUGUCAAUUCAACGCCAAUGACUAAUGACAUUUAACUCCAUGUGUUAAUAAGUAAUAAUAUAAUUAAUUAAUAUUUUCACUGUAAUUAUCAUUUUUAUGUUGUAGCUAUUCAAAGUUCAUUGUAAUUUUUUUUCUGACCAUUUUUACCUCGUUACAUUUGUAAUAAUAGAAUAAAAAUAUUAAU